AUGGCCAACCCCACGUUCUUCAACCAACCUCCCAGCACCUGGAACAUCAUCGACUACCUCAACCAGCACGACCCAACAUCACCAUCCUACAACCAGCAGCAUACCCUCGACAAAUGGAUCAAAGCACUAGUCGCCAUCUCGAGCGAUGCGAAAUCCACCCCUGAACAACGCGACAAAGCCCAGCUCCUCAAGGACAAGUAUCGACAGGUGGUAGGUGUCAUAACCUGCUUUCUUCCCCUCCUUAUCCAGAUCUGUAUGCACAGGCAGUGCAGGGACACAGAUGAACUGCUCGCUCGUCUGCUGUUCAAGGCGCGGAUGAACUGCUCGCUCAUCCGCUAUAAACUCUUGCGAGCCAGCGCUGUCUUCCCCCGUGCUACCAGGAACCUGCUCGGUUCUUGGAGUCAGCGACCUGCUCGGUCGCUGGCUGCUCGCGCGGGGGCACCACCGGACCCAGACGACCUGCUCGGUCGCUCUGGCCGGGACUCCGACCGCAUCCGCGCCCGAGAAUGGCUUGCCGGUUUGCAGCCGAGCAAGAAGAAGAAGCAGAAUGCAGGCUCUUCUGUUAACAUUUAUAAGGCGCCCGUAAUGAACAUAGCCCAGGGGACUUUCGAGAAUUCCGUGGUCGGCUCGACCAUCAAUCAGUCCGGGAAGAGGAAAGCAUCUGAUGAUUUAGAUGCAAGCGACUGUCUGGGUGAUGAUGAAAGCCUCGAUGAGGAUAUUGUCCGUGCCGACCAGGACGAGCAGGGAGAAGGCACCCCCGCUGCUGCUGCUGCCCAGCCUCUUCAAGCAAACGAUGACCCCCCUUACAAGGAGUUUGUUGCCGCCUACAAGGCAAUGACUGACGAGAGCAAGUUUGUAUUCUCGGAGACAGGCCGCGUUUUAGAAGACGUGAUGUUUGAAAAUGCCAGUGUUCUCACUGAAAAGCACACAGCGCACUUGUGGGUAGUUGACUUGGACCACCCCGUCGUCACGUCUUGGUUCCAGCCAAAAGAGUUAGAAGAGCUGCGAAACCAGAUGCUGCCCAUGCCAGAGCUUGAUGAACCUUUCCUGGCGUCCAUGGCGAGGUUUUCCCAUGCGGACACAACAGAAGAGUUCCGACGCAUCGUUGAAGAAGUCCCAUACCGCCCCAAAGGCGAGCCUUACGACCGCUCAAUGCACUUUGACGCCGCAUGGGUCAACAUCGUCAUCCUGUCCAUGCUCUCCAUCCUCGAGUCCCCAAACAACCUCCUCCACUACCCCAACCUCCGCGAAGGCUGGUACGACUGCAACCCCUGGUCAUUCCUCAUCGACCAAUGCCUCCUCGGCCUCAACGGCGUCCUCGUCCAACGGCAACUCCCCCCCCCCUUUUCCCUCCCCCUCCUCCUCCACCCACUAACACCCAACAGCAAAGAGAUCCUCUGCCUCGCCCUCAAGCUCGCCAGCCCCCUGCCCACCCGCCGCUUCGACGCCAUCAUCCACACCCUCGCCGAGUCCCCCGUGCUCGAGUACGGCGCCAUCGAGGUCGCAAAGUCCUUCGAGUCCGUCCACGCCCGUAAGUGGAGUAGCGAUAGUAGUAAGCUUGCCCUGGCGCUCCAUGCGAUGUUGGCGCGUCUGCGCGGCGCGGUGGAGAACGAUGCGGAGGCGGUAAGGAGGCUGCAGGUGGUGGGAUUGAUGAAUGCGGGCUUGAGGAUGCAGGUCGUGAGGAUGGGGGUUGUGGGGAAGGGGGGGAAUGUGGCCGUGCUGCAGAGGGGGAGGGUUAAAGCUUUGCCGACGGAGGUGGGCGCCCUUAGGGGCGUGUUUGCCGUUAUGAUUAGUGUGGUUAUGUUUAAGCGCAUGAUACAGGAUUGUGUGGAGGUUGUGAAGGGCUAUAAUGGCCUUUCGGGGGCGGGCGCGGGGAAGACGAGGGAGGAGUUCUUGGAGGAGUUGGGCAGGCAGAAUGAGCUUUAG